AUGGAGAAAAGAAUUCCUCAACCAGUUUGUGGUCAAGAAGCUCUUGAUCUUCUCAAUUGCGUCACGGAUUCAUCGUACGAUCAAGAGAAAUGCCUCCGAUUCUUGCAAUCUCUCAGAGAAUGUGUUCUCUCAAAGAAAGUAAAGAAGUUUGCGAUACCAAGCCAGGAACGCGACUCUGAGGGAGCAGCUUCAGCUACUACGAAGAAAGCUUCAUAA